CCUAUGCGACGGCUCCUUAAGCCACACUGCCACCGAUUCGCUUUGGAAACACUGUCAGAAGAGUGGCCGAGUUCAGAAAUAAUCUCAUCGGCAAGAGGCAGACAAGAUAAAGAAGAAGAUGCCAAAAAUUUAUCCAGCUGGCCAGAAGAUUUUAAAGAAAGAAUGUCAACGUGAAGAGGAUGUCAUUGAAAAGAGGAACAAAAGAAAGGGUAGGACUAACAUUCAGAGACCCGGCAAAAUUAUAAACCGUAUUAAGGUGAAAGACUGUAAUCCUCAAUAUAUGGACCCAGAUGAAGACUUAAACAGAUUGGGCUCCAGUUUGGGCAGACGCUGCUCCUUGAAGGACAGUAAUGCCCACAAGCCGUCAGAAUCCUCGAAGACUAACAAAGUGAGGCCCACGAAGAAAUUGUGUCCAAAUCAAACUGGAGAAGAUUUUCAAGAGAAUAACAACUUGUCCUCUCUUCAGGGUCGUCCACAAAUUAAACAACCUCAUAAGAAUAGGAAGAAAGUGGCAUCUGCAACAAAGAACUUGGUAACGGCCUCUCAGCAUCCUAAAUUUCAGCCCAUUGUGAAGCUAACAAGGAUCGAUGCCAUCAAAUCUCAAGGAGUGUACAAUCUAAAUCCAAUCCGCCAACAGUGUGUGGGAACAUUUAAAUACAAAUUGAAUUCCAAAGAUAAUGGAGGGAUUCGUGGAAGUGAGAAACCGUAUCACUGUCCUGAAGGUGGGAAACAAUUCUCAGAUAGUCACAUGCCUAAGAAACGCAGAGAAGAUAAUACAGGGAAGGAGCCAUACCACCGUUCUGAAUGUGUGAAGAACUUUUCAAAACACAGCCAUACCACAACUUCCAUUGUAGAGAAACCAUAUUUGACUAAAUGUGGCAACCUUCAGACACACAUGAUUGGUCAAGGAGGACUGGGUUUAUGCCGUUGUCCAACAUGUGGUAAACAUUUCUUUAAUAGGAGUAGUCUUCGCAGACACAAAAGAAUUCACAAUGGAGGGAAACCAUAUUGUUGUUCUGAAUGUGGCAAACGGUUCUCAAAAACAAGCAUUCAUCAGACACACAUGAGAGUGCACACAGGAGAACAGCCAUUUUCCUGUUUUGAAUGUGGCAAACGAUUUUCAGAUGGCAGUAAUCAUCGCAGGCAUUUAAGAGUUCACACUGGUGAGAAGCCCUAUUGCUGUCCCGAAUGUGGCAAAAGUUUUUCCGACACAAGCGGUCUUCUGCGUCAUGCAGGAGUCCACAAUAAAGACCGUCCUCAUGCCUGUUCUGAAUGUGGCAAGAAAUUCUCACGAAGAGACAGUCUUCGUAGACAUAUAAGAACACACAUUUGAUAAAGGCCAUACUCGUUUCCUGAUUGUGACAAGCUAUUCACCGAUAACAGCAGCCUUCAUAGGCACAACAGAAUUCAUUCUGGAUUAAGGCCAUAUUGUUGCUUUGAAUGUGGCAAGUGAUUCAAACAACUCUGCGGCCUUCAGUGACACGUAAGAACUCACACAGGAGAAAAGCCAUACCGUUGCUCUAAGUGUGGAAAAACAUUCAUACAGAAAACUCUUCAGUGACACAUGAAAAUUCAUGCUAAAAAGGCAAAGUCCAAAGAGACUGUAAAUAAAAAAAAGAAAAAUCAGAAAUAAUUCAGUCAGGUGUGGGAAGAAAAUUGGAAUUGCUUUGCUAGUUGGUUACACAGAAUGCAAUUAAAAAAAAGUUGCAGACUCAUUUAGGCAACGCUGCUUAUUAAUUUACUGUAAGUGGCUUUUGCACUAAUGACUACUGCACAUUCUACACUGGUCUACGUUACAAGUUCUAAUGUUAUUUAUCUUAUGUUAUACUUCAAUGCUCUUUUUAUAUUUUAUUGUACUGCGAAGUUGAGAGAAAAACAGUAUUUUGAUUCUCCUGUAUUUUCUGCACAUAUAGUGAAUUGACAAUAAAAGGCGAUUUGAUCUUUUC